AUGGAAACUGAUAUGCAGGACCUACCCGUUGUCUCCGACAGCCCGCCGGCUUCCCGCUCGGGGAUAUCGCGGAGACGGACCCGGACUUCGACGGCGUGCAGCACCUGUAGAGCGAGGAGGACCAGAUGCGAUAGUCGAAGACCUGACUGUGGAUUUUGUCGUGCCCGUGGGCUUCAGUGCCACUACGAGCAGAGCGAACCAGCCCCUACGUCCAAAGUAGGGGUUGAACUCGCUGCCAUCAACCGACGACUCGAUUACAUCACCAACGUCUUGUCUUCUGCCCAGCCACCUCCAGUAACACCAGGGCAUGUGGAGAGCCAAGUCUUCACUGGCGAAGAGAAGCUUCCCUUCCAGCUGCUCGGAACUGGUUGCAUGAUGACCAUCCUUGGCCUUGGCUCCGGCUUCGCAGAGGAGCUUGCCACACUCGAAAGGAACGCUACAUCCGUCGGUACAGGCAGUUCAUCGAGAGUACGUCUCAUCCAGCAAGAGCAAGCAUUGUCAGCCCUCGCCGCCUUCUCCGCUCACGUCCACAUCUGGUAUCCAAUACUCCGCCCGCGCUUCUCAGAGCGCUAUCUUAGCAUCAUCUCGGGGCCUUUGCCGCCAGGCUCCGAGACGUGCAUGGUUUUGUUGGUUGCCGCACUUGGUGUUCUCGCCCAACAGGACCACGAGCUAGGCGUAUCGGAAAACGAAACCACCAGCGAGCUCUACCUUGAGGCCGCCAUGGCAUCCCUGUCAGCAGUGCUCGUCGACAAGAGCGUUGAGAGCGUGCAGUGCCUAGUGCUUCUGAGCAUCUGCCAUUGUUGUCUGUCCAAGCCUUACCAGGCAUACGACUACGCCAUGAUUGCUUCAUUCAAGGUGCAGAACCUCUUGAAGUACGUUGGUGAUGACGACGGCGAGGUCUACGAACAUGUAAAACGGGCAUAUUGGGCGGUGCUGCUCCUGGAGAGCGAGCUCCGAAUUCACUUCGAUGUCAUUGGGAGCGGAAUCUGGGACCAUGACGACAAGGUUUCGCUACCGGACAGUCGUCGCGCAUGGCAAUUCGAUAUCGAGACAGGCUCACCGCCAGGCUCGACCACUACGCCAGCUAGCAACAUAUCACUAGACGGUCCUCCUACAGACCAGACGCAAUCCUACUUUCUGGCAGAGAUCUCCAUGCGACGGAUGCUGCACCGUUGCAACACGGCAAUUCGCCGAACACGUCGGGGAGAGAUCGUCUACGCUCCGAACAUUGCCCUCGAGCUGGAACUGCAGCUUGAGGAGUGGUACCGGUACCUGCCGGAAUCUGUGCGCUUUCAGAAUUCCGAGCAUGUUCCUAACAGCAGUCACAUUGUACCAGUGCAUCCAAGAUGGUGUGGCCACAACUGA